AUGGGUUCCCAUUCCCUACACAUCAAUCGUCGCCAGAGCCAUCUGAAAUGGUCCAACGCCAUCACCCCCGUGCUGAAGGUCGACUCCGGCGCCGUGGUGACAUUCGACGCCCUUGACGCUAGCAACGGGCAGGUCUCAACAUCAACAUCUGCCGAGGACGUUUCCAACUUCGACAUCAACCUCGCAGAUCCUGUGUACGGUCCCGUGUACGUCAAUGGAGCCGAGCCUGGGGAUGCGUUGGAAGUGGAGAUCUUGGACCUCAAAACGGCAGACUGGGGUUGGACGGCGGUCAUGCCUGGCUUUGGCCUGCUAGCCGAUGAGUUUCGAGAGCCUCAGAUCAAGAUCUGGGACCUACCCGCCGACAAGCCCUACGCCGUGUUCAAAGAAGGCAUCAGGAUCCCGCUUCGGCCAUUCCUUGGUGAAAUGGGCGUCGCUCCCGAAGCAGACGGCGAGUUCUCGACCAUCCCGCCUCUCAUCACAGGGGGCAAUAUCGACUGUCGCCACUUGACUGUAGGGUCGAAGCUCUUCCUCCCCGUCAAGACGCCCGGCGCGCUGUUCAGUUGCGGCGAUGGUCAUGCGGCGCAAGGGGACGGGGAAGUCUGCGGUACUGCUAUCGAGACGUCAAUGCACGCGACUCUUCGCUUGACAGUACGAAAGAACCACGACUGGGUCGCCUCGCCGCAUUACUUCGCCGCACCUCUGGCUCCCAUUGCUGGCUUCGAGGAUCGUGGCUCUUACGCGGCCUUGGGCAUCAAUUCCGACCUGCUGGAGGCGACGCGGGACGCUCUUCGGGGUAUCAUCAAUUACCUCACAGCCACGCGGGGUUUGACACGGACGGAGGCCUACAUGCUCGCAUCCAUUGCCGUGGAUCUCAAGCUGGCAGAGGUGGUCGAUAUGCCUAAUUUUGGUGUUGCAGCGACUCUACCACUGAAUAUAUUCCAGGGCGAGUGA